CUCGCACGAUGACGUCGCUGCACCUCUCGCAAACAAUAGCAUUCGCAGUUAAUGUACGGAUCCGUAUGUACCUAGCUGCACGAGGACAAGGCAAGGCAAGGCAAGUACGCAUGCAUGUGCCUCUACCCGCGCGUGUCACCUGCCCGUCCCGUCCUGUCCCGGUGGCUAUGUAGGGCAGAGAGAAAAGGGCAAACGGCAAACGGCACCUUGCACGUACUGCAUGUAUUUACGUACAUACAUGCAUCCAUCCAUACCGGCCGACGGCCGACGACGACGACGUCGUUGCGAAAUGCCCACAAGCAAGGGGGUGUCCAGUGUGCUGUCGUCGUGUGCGGGGAAGCAACUGUUGCCGGCCAAUCCCCGCUCACCACCUACGACUGAAGCGAGCGCAUCACAGCCAUCCAAUCAAAUCAACCAAUCAAUCACUCAAUCACUCAGUCACUCAAUUCCAUCCAUAGUUAAUUCUACUAAAACAGCCUCAGCCCAAGCCGAAAGCAAGCGCAAACAGGGAGGGGGAAUAGGAAAGCCACAACAAGGCCAAGAGAAGAAAGAAAACCAACCAAAGCAAGCAUCAAGAAGCAAAAAGCAAUGCAAAAAAGACACAGCAUUAGUAUAUACAGCUCCUACGCUGAAUCAAUCCAGCCAUCAAUCCAUCAAUCAAUCAUCAAAAGGCCGCGAGGCGGGUAUCAGGAGGUGUGAGAGAAAGAGAGGGCAUCAGGGCAAGAGGACCUAAGCAUCAAAGCCGCUCCUGUCUCUACCCCUACAGUACGUGGUCUGCUCUGCCCUCUCUCGCUCUCUCGCUCUCUCACUCGCUCGUCCAUCCAGCAAGUCAUUCACCACCACCCAUUCAUCGAUGCCAUCCAUCCAUCCGUCCGUCCGUCUUUCCAUCCAGUUGUUCGUCCGCCCACGUGAAGAAGGAAAAGAAAUAAAGGAAUAAAGAAAAGAAGCCUCGCCGAA